AUAAAUUUAACCUGUGAGUGAGAGAAACGUAUUGUUUUCAGUUUUUUUUUUGGAUUUAUCGCUUGACAAGUUUCCUCAUUGUAAUAAUUAUAUGAAUUCUGAAUAAGGUAACAAAAAACCGAUUGUCAAGAUAAGAUUAUACGUAAAAUUAUUACUCGUAACCUUUAUUAGCCUGACCCACGUGCACUUGGUAUUCGGAUGGUGAAGUGGUAAGGACAUGCGGACUUUUCUUAAGUUGCAUUAUAUCAAGUUUUAUUGUCACGAUGGCACGUGGUAAGAGACCUGUGCGUGGUGGAAAAAGGAAAUUCGACAGACGUCAUGAACAUAAGCCGAAACCGAAGAAGGGAAAAUUUAACUUGCGUGAAGCGUCCUACGUCAAGGAACGUGAAGCCAAAAAUGAGGAAAUUGAAAACAGAAGGAAAAGAAUAGAAGAGGAAAAUGCCAGGAAGCAGCAGUUGGAAACAGACAGUUCUGAAGAGGAAGAGGAUGAUCCUAUGAAAGCUUUAUUGGCAACUUUUAGUGGUGCGGACAGUAUAAGAACAGUUGCUAUUGAAUCGGAUUCUGAAUCUGAAGAAGAAAUGGAUGAGUAUAAAUCGCAAAGUGUAGAAGCAAUAGACAGUAAAGACAUUUUGGGUUCAGAUGAUGGGAAUAAUGGCUUGGAGGUGGAUGAGAAUGAUGACAUAAUAAAAAUAAAAGAAGAUGACGAAGAAGAUCCAGAAACUGCUCGGGAGGAUGCAGGAAAUCUUCGAGAUCCAUUCUCUAUUCAUUUACGAAAUGACCUUAGUGAUAAUCUUUACGAAGCUGUAUCAGCAGUACCUCAAACAAUGGAGACACAGAAAUUAACGUGGCCCACUCUAGGUACUAUAAUUAUACAAAUACCUAAAGUAUCUGAGAAAGAUUUAGAAUCUCCAAAACAAAAACUAAAAGUGUCCAUUUUAGAAGAAAAGCAAUUUGCACAGCAUGGUACUGUUCCUCAUUUAAUAAAUACGAUAAACUGGAACAAGCUGCACAUAAAAUCACAGAUACAAAACAAUAUCACAAGAGCCAACUACGAAAGUAUUACAGAUACCUUGGAUACAAACCCAAGUCCAUUAACUCCAUUGCAAAAGGAAUUAUUUUCUAUAAUAAAUAAUUACCAAGAUCUAUAUUACUCUGAGAGGACUUUUAAAAAUGAAAAACAAAUUCGGUUUAUAUAUUGUUUGCACACAAUUAAUCAUGUCUUAAAAACUAGGACAAAAGUAUUGCAUCAUAAUGCAAAGUUAUCUAAACUAAAGAAAUCGGACAUAAGUGAGGUUCCAGAUGAAUACAGGGACCAGGGACUAGUUAGACCCAAAGUUCUUAUAAUAGUACCUUUCAGGCAUUCGUGUCUAAAGAUUGUAGAGCUCCUGAUAUCCAUUCUAAUUGGUGAGGAUAAAGGUGGUUCUGUAGUAAAUAAAAAAAGAUUCAUGGAAGACUUCAGUGGCAAUGAGAUAGCUUUACCCAAAAGAAAUCCAAAGCCAGAAGACUACGAGUCUACAUUCAAAGGAAACACAGACGAUACGUUUAAGAUUGGAAUAUCAAUAACAAAGAAGACUCUAAAAUUAUAUUCUGAAUUCUAUUCAUCUGACAUUAUAAUAUCUUCAGUGCUAGGAUUGAGGAUGCUGGUAGGUGCUGAAGGUGAGCCUGACCGUGACCAUGACUUCCUAGCAUCCAUUGAAUUACUAAUAUCGGAUCAGACUGAACUCUUCUUGAUGCAAAAUUGGGAUCAUUUUCUCCAUGUCUUAAACCAUCUACACCUCCAGCCUAAAGAUUCCCAUGGGACAGAUUUCUCCAGGGUUCGGAACUGGUCAGUAAACGGCUGGUCCAAAUAUUACCGACAAUCCCUGAUAUUCUCCAGUGUCCAGCUUCCAGAAAUUAAUGCGAUCUUCAACAAGAAGUGCUUUAAUUACGCAGGCAAGGUCAAAGUAUCUAAUCCUAUAUCUUCUGGUGCUGUCUGUCAGGUACUUGUUCAGCUGCCCCAGGUUUUCCAGAAAUUCGACGUCAGCAGCCACUCCCAAGCCAUUGAGGCGCGGAUGAAUUUCUUCCUAACGAAGAUUUUACCUCAGUAUAAGGACAGCAUAAUGAACCAUACGCUGAUCUUCGUGCCUUCCUACUUUGACUUCGUCAAGCUCAGAAAUUACUUUAAGAAAGAGGAAUUAAGCUUUGUACAAAUAUGCGAAUAUUCUAAAGACUCGAAAGUGGCCAGAGCCCGAGACAUGUUCUUCCACAGUGAUGCACAUUUUCUCAUCUAUUCUGAACGCUUUCAUUUCUUUAGGCGAAUCAGAUUAAAGGGUGUGCGACAUAUUAUAUUUUACGCACCACCUACCUUCCCGCAUUUUUACAGUGAGAUAUGCAAUCUUAUGCAGGAGGCCAAUCAAAAUCCACGUGCGGGAUCUAAUAGCAAUAUGACAGUGACCACAUUGUAUUGUAAAUACGAUGCCAUGCAACUUACUGCCAUUGUUGGUUCAGAAAAGGCGGGCAGAAUGAUAACUUCGGAAAAGACAGUUCACAUGCUCAUGACGGGCGAGUAGAGAAUAUUCAAGAAAUCUGUUUGUAUAUAAUAUGUAUCUAUAUUAAUAAUAAACAGCCGUUAUAUUUCA